AUGGGCUUGGGGUCUCAGCAGAUCGAAGAGUUUACAACCAUAGAGCUCUAUGUUACAACCAUGGCAGUACUACUCAAACUGUACGCCAACAUUUAUCCAUUCAGGGCGGGCAUUCCCGAUGACGUCAUAUUAGAUACAGAUGAUGAGGGACGAUCAUGGAGGAGACAGCUUGCCAAACGAUGUCGAUCAGAAUACAAAGAAUGUCGCUCUGAAAUGAGAGGAAAACCACUGGGGAGGGUGUGCGGUUCAGACAAUAAGACUUAUAAAGACAUUUGUAGACUGAUGAAAGUCGCUUGUGAAAGAAGAAAGCAAAUAGACAUUAUUUAUGAAGGCGUAUGUAAAAGGAGGAACAAAUCACCAAAGAAAGGAAUUGCAACAGGGACGGGGGAUAGUUCAGAAAGUUCUGAAUCAUCUAGAUCAGCGUAUUGUACACAAAUUAAGCGACAGUGUCCUAGGCACCGGUUACGAGGUCCCGUCUGUGGGACGGAUGGAAAGACGUACGACAGCGAGUGUGAUCUCGAAAUAGCCAAGUGCGAUGGAAUUUUAGUGGAGAGAGCAUCGAAAGGAAGAUGUUUCAGGAUGGACGUACCGACAACAAAUACUCCAACGCAAACGACAUGUCGGACUAGUUGUCCACAUCCAGCGCUUUCAGGAGCGAGACUCGCAUGUGGCACGGACGGGAUCACCUAUAUUUCUGAGUGCCACUUGGAAGCACUGAAGUGUAUGCUGGGUACCAGGGUCCAUCUCCUUUACUAUGGACCUUGUAGGAGAAGAUACGGUGAAGGAGGGGGUGGAGGCGGAGGAGGAACCUGGGGAGGAGGAGGAGGUGGAGGAUGGGGAGGAGGAGGAGGGGGUGGUGGAGGUGGCUAUCCCACUCCUUCAACUACUACCACUACGACAAAACCACCAACAACGCUGUUGUUUUCGACACGCCCUGCAACAACUACUGCGACUAGCCCACCACCCCGUACAGAGCCACUGAUUCCAACGGCAAUGUUUCCAGAAAUAAAUCCAGCUGAUGAUCCCUAUUCAGAUGGUGGCCCUUGUCCGAAUGCCUGCCCGGACAACAAGUGGAAACCUGUAUGCGGGACGGAUGGAAAGACCUACGAGACACUGUGUCACCUUCGAUACGAGGCCUGCAUGCCAGGGACGCCUGACGUAUCACUCGCUCACAUAGGGGAAUGUUCCGGAGAUGAUUGUGCGAUUUCAUGUGAUGGGUUUGGCUACAACCCUUGCUGUGGAACAGAUGGCAUUACGUACUACAAUAAAUGCGAACUAGAAAGAUAUGCGUGUUUCACCAACACACCGAAAGAAAAGUUGUACGUGGAGCAUCCUGGUGCAUGUGUAGCUCCUUCACCAGGAUGUCCAUCCGCGUGCCCUGCGCCUGAUGACCAUGAAGUGUGUGGAUCCGAUGGAAAUACUUACCCAUCACUAUGUCACCUCAACAGACAGGCAUGCUUGGACAGUAGCACUCUAAAGAUAGAUCAUCCAGGCCCUUGUUCCAUUGCCACCAUAGAUCCAUGCCAACAGAACUGCCCAUUCCUGUACUCACCAGUCUGUGGCUCGGAUGGGACGACGUAUUUCAACCGAUGUUUCUUUGAGGUGGCAAAGUGCAGAUCACCCGUUCUCCAAGGAGUCGCCGGAUCAUGUGGACUAAGGAUAUCGUGAUGCACUAGAAGAUGGAUUAGGAUGCGCCCUCCAUCAUAUUUAUUGUGCAAACCAACCCAGCACUUGGAGAAAGAGAAUAGAACAUAUUUAAAAAAAACAAUGAGAAGAUGAUCAUCCCGCUGGUUUAAGGUCAUUGCAUCAUCUUUCGCUUGCAUUCACCAAGUCUUUGCUCAUACUUUGUUUCUCAUGGGUCUCAAUAGAAAUGCAGAAAAAAAUAGUUUGCUUGGUGCGAUAGGCCUAAAUGUGAAAACAAUAACAAAGCACUUUUUAUACACAUGUAAGCAAGGUCAAUUUUGCUUUUAUUUUAUUUUGUGAUAUGACUUGCCGCUAACAUGGCUAAGUGGAAGGAUGUGGAUCAAGUGGUUACUGUGCUUCUCUAAAUAUGAGUGGUUUUUCCUAAUUUCGGUAUCAUGAAUAUGUAUUACCUUGAAUUGUAAGGGGGAAAGUGAUUCCAAGGGGGCCUUCGAAAAUAACAUUGCGUAAAGACUUCUAUAGCUGAAUUAUGAAUAUCCGGCAUUCUUAAAAUCGCCAUGAUCUUAUGGCUGAUUGAGACUCAAUAGCCCUUAAUUCGAAUUAACCUUUCCUGGAAUAUCAAGGUGUGGGUUUGUUUCUUUGCCGUUUUUUGUUUUUGUUUUUGUUUUGUUUUACAUAAUCAUGAGGCAUCACACAAGGUUCAUUCAAUAUCAUCAUUGUUUCUCAUAAAGUAAGAAUGCUACAUGUAUGCUGCGUAAUUUGGAUGUUUGACUGAGGUGGUCCCUAAAGAUCGUUGAGCUGGUUUAGUUUUGUUUAGGGAUAAAUGUGGUUAAGGUUUUUUUUUAUAUGACUGCUCCUACCCCCCUCCCCCGAAUAUUUAAUCUUUUCGAAGGCCCAAUCGUGAUGAUUAUGAUGAAAGGGGUAUGAAACCCUGAUGGGGAAACAAAUUUU